CGCCCGCCAAUCCAUUCUCUCGGUCUUCUUCUGCUCCGGUAUCGCAACUGCCUCGAUUGGUCGAGCCUGGGCCAGCAUGGCGGCGCCCAUGUAACCGGGUCGGUGCCGCAAAGGGAACGGCGGCCGCGGCGCGGGCCCCGCGGGGGUUAGAAGUCACCAUGCUAAGGGCCGCGUGGAGGGUGUUGAGUUUGAUUCGGACCCAGGCAGUCACCCAGGCCCCAGGCCCCGGGUUGCCGGGCGGUGGGAGCGCCACGUUUCUUUCCAACCAGUGGGGCCUGCAGCCUCGAAGUUUCCUCCAGGCCACGCGCAGAUAUGUCGUCCGGAAACCAGUCCAGCCCAGGCAAGAUGAUGACCUGCCUCCUUCUACGCUGCUCCAAGACUACCAGAAUGUCCCUGGAAUUGAGAAGGUUGGUGAUGUUGUGAAAAGACUCUUGUCUUUGGAAAUGGCCAAAAAGAAGGAGAAGCUAAAAGUCAUACAAGAACAGUUGAUGAAAAAGAUUGUUGAAAACCCUGAGGACACCAGAUCCCUGGAGGCUCGAAUUGUUGCCUUGACCGUCAAGAUCCGCAGUUAUGAAGAACACAUGCAGAAACAUCGAAAGGACAAAGCCCACAAACGCUAUCUGCUGAUGAGCAUCGACCAGAGGAAAAAGAUGCUCAAAAACCUCCGUAACACCAACUAUGAUGUCUAUGAGAAGAUAUGCAAGGAGCUGGGAAUUGAGUACACCUUCCCACCUCUGUAUUACCGAAGAGCCCACCGCCGAUUCGUGACGAAGAAGGCUCUGUGCAUUCGGGUUUUCCAGGAGACUCAAAAGCUGAAGAAGCAAAAAAGAGCUUUACAGGCUGCAGCAGCAGCCCAAAAACAAGCAAAGCAAAGGAAACCAGACAGCCCUGCCAAAGCCGAACCAGAGAUACUCAGAGACAACCAAUAAAUUCUGUUCAAUCAUUG